GUAUAUGAUUGGUCAAAUAGCUGACGUCCCGUCCAGUCUUGUUACUUUUGCAUCGUAUGAACAACGUUCAAAAGCCAAAAUGAGUCUCCGAAAGCAGACCCCGAGUGACUUCCUGAAGCAAAUCAUCGGCAGACCAGUGGUGGUCAAGCUGAACUCCGGCGUCGAUUACCGAGGAGUUCUGGCUUGCCUUGACGGUUACAUGAACAUCGCCAUCGAGCAGACGGAAGAGUAUGUCAACGGGCAGCUCAAAAACAAGUACGGUGAUGCCUUUCUACGAGGUAACAACGUUCUUUAUAUCAGCACACAGAAGAGGAAAGUCUAGUGCUUCUUUUUUUUUUACCUUGUCCAUUUUUGUUUGUUUCAUAUUGUGGACUAGUUUUGUGUUUGUAAAUGUGGGACUAAGAAUAAAUCCAGAGUUUUGAGUUCAAGCUUAA